AUGUCGGCAGCAGCGAAAUUUGAGUGCGCUCCCUACAAGCCUUUCGAGCCCGACUACCACCCCCAACGGCCAAUCAUUGUUGGUGAAGAGGGGCUCGACUCGCCUGAGACGGUGACGCUCAAGUACGAAGAAGCAGUCGCCAGAGCGAACGGAGACCUUCGCGGUGGUUCUCCGCAAGAGGGUCUCCUUCCCAUGUCCCAAUACGGGAAGCCUCAGCCGACCCCGCUCCAUGGGUAUGACUCUGGUCGGGAGUAUCAAGACAGCGCGUACCAGGCUUACGGAGCGCCUACCUACCAUGGUCAGCACCACGACGGCAGCGCGCAGCUGAGCGCCAGCCAGCUCAACCAGGGAGCGUUCGCUGCCAACAGCGCCGUUGGGCAAUACAUGUCCGUCGGACCUACCGUCGUGUCAUGCCAACCCAGCACGGGUAUGGCCGGUGCCAAGGUCAUGGCAAAGGUGUCCUCACAGGAUGACUUGCUCGCAAUGACAUCGCCCAUGCCUUACCUCUAUCUCGUCUUCGGCACGCACAAAGUCCUUGCAGAGAAUGUCAAGGAGAACCGUGACGGCAGCGGCUGCACGCUGACCUUUACAGCAGAGGCACCAGACAUUAUGGUCACAGGCUGCCAAGGACCCAGUGUGCCCUUGACACUUCUGAUCGAAGCAGCGAACGGAGAAGAAGUCUCGCGCACAGCGGCCAGCACGUUUGCCUAUCACGAUGCGUCGCUCGCAGGCGCGGGUGCCAACCCCGACGAGAUCACGAGGAAGCUUUCCAAGUCACCUGAACAGCACCAGAGGUCUCCCAGGUCAGCAACAACUCAGCUCGGCUACGAUUCGACUACAAAUGCCUACAACUUCGCAACUGCACCACCACAGCCAUCUCAGUCGCCGUAUGAACCCACAUUUCCUCAGGACAACAACAUGCUCAGCACAUAUCGCAGCGCUUCUUUCACGGAGCAGCACUUUCCUCGUGCCGCGCCGCCGCCUCUGCGGCCGCCCAUGGCUGGCUGGCAGCAGACGUAUGGACGGACUGCGGGUCCCCCCAUGACACACACGCAUAUUUCGCGUCCCAGCCUGACACCGCUGCCGAUGCCCACGCCCACGACGCCGACGUUGGUUCGUACGACUUCGCUGCAGACCUCUCCGGGCAGUAGCCAAGGUCCGGCGUACCCCAACUGGGGAUCCAGCUCUUAUUCCAACAAGGCGGUUCUAAACAUCAUGGGCAAGCUCGACAACAUGGCCGAGAACUGGACCCCGGACGAAUGGUCUAACCGUCGCCGCAUCGUCAUGUUCAACAAGAAGCAGACGGGUUCGACGCUCACAACAACUUUUCGCGCCGUCAACGUGAACGAACGCCCGCCCAACUCUGUGUGUAUCAGCUGCAUCUGGUGGGCUGAGAAGAACGAAUGUUUUGUGACGUCGGUCGAUACAAUCUACUUGCUGGAGCAGCUCGUCGUUGCACCCAACCGGUUUUCAGUGGAGGAGAAGAACCGCAUCAGACGUAAUCUUGAGGGAUUCCGCCCACAGACCGUCAGCAAGGCGAAGAGCGACUCGGAGGAGUUCUUCAAGAUAAUCAUGGCUUUCCCCAACCCGAAGCCGCGAAACAUUGAAAAGGACGUCAAGGUGUUUCCCUGGAAGAUCUUGGAGUCGGCGCUCAAGAAGAUCAUUGGAAAGUACAGCGCGAGCCCCUCGUCGACGCUGCCCACAGGGCAGAUGCUGACGCCGGCACCCGUCAGCUCGUACCCGGCGCUGCCGACUCCGCCCGCGCCGACGGUGGCUUCAGAUGGAGUCAACGUCUACGGGGUACAGGCCCACAUGCAUCAUCAUGAUACCUUGACCUCACCUCGAUCUCUCUCGGGCGGCAACCACAACUGGCCGACCUACACGGGUGCCCCAGCGCACUCUCGUGCUUUGUCACCAGCGCUCACGACAGAGUCGCCUCGUCAAUCUUCCGGACGGCUGUCGGGUCCACUCCCAGGCGUCUCCGCGUACGAUUCGAGACCCAUGGCACCGCAUGCCUAUCCCGGACCGAGCAUGCACUCCUCCAUCGUGCACCAGCCCACAGCACCAACAGCACCCGGUCGCUGGGACCCGUCGGCGAUGCCCUCGAUGCACCCGCCGGCGACGUAUGCUGAGCAGUACCAACCGAUCAGUGCACACCACGGUCCCAGCCACCCGCAGGUCUACAGUUCCAACGGGUACAACGACGGGGCGCAGCGGGCCUAG